AUGCCCAACCUCGAACAGUUUGUGAACUUCGACCCGGAGAAGGAUAUUCCAAACCUUGAUGGAAAGGUUAUAUUUAUAACCGGAGGAACUUCUGGACUCGGAAGAGUUUCAGUAACCUCGCUUGCAAAGCACAAUCCAGCACAUAUCUACUUUACUGGUCGUAACCAUCAAGCGGCAGAGAAAUUGAUUCAUGAAGUGCAGAUAGAAAAGCCUUCGGUAAGAUUGACUUUUGUCAAAAUGGACAUGACAUCAUUGUCUUCCGUCAAGACAGCUUGCAAAGAAUUUAUACAUGAUAGACUGGAUGUUCUUAUGUGCAAUGCAGGUGUUAUGUUUAUUCCCGCCGGUGUCAGUUCAGACGGCUUUGAGCUUCAUUUUGCCAUCAAUCAUCUUGCCCAUGCAAUGAUCAUUCAAGAACUCUUACCAUUAAUGAAGAAGACUGCCAGUUUGCCGGGAUCGGAUGUACGUGUGCUGUGCCUGACGUCGACAGCUUGGAUGAGUCAUCCAAAGAAUGGUAUCACGUUCUCAACUCUUCGAACCCCACAGAAGGGGUUCAUGGGAUCAUCUUUCAGAUAUGGGCAAAGCAAGCUCGCAAAUAUCAUCUACGCGGCCGAACUCGCCCGCCAAUGUGCCAAUACAAAUAUCAAAUUUAUCUCUGUCCACCCAGGAGCUGUCAACACACACUUGACAACGUCAAUUCCUUGGCAUCUCAGAUUACUCACCACCAUUGUGCUAUUGUUCUUGGGAGUGACAUUUAUGGAAGAAGCCCAAGGUCGCCUAAGUCAGCUUUGGGCCGCGGCUGGUUGCACAAAAAAUGAAUUAGUAAAUGGAGGAUUUUACAUGCCUGUGGGAAGAUUGAGUAAUGAUAGGCUGGAUAAGACUGCUUUAAGUCCUGAACUGGCUCUGGAGUUGUGGGUUUAUACUCAAAAUAUCUUGAGUAAGUUUUAA